CAAUUGAAAUUUUAUUAAGGCAACAUGAUAUAAUAUACUAUAAAAGCAAAUUAUAAUUAAAAUAAUUAAUAUUUCUAAUAUUGACCGCGCAAUACGCGGGUUCUAAUACUAGUUACUAAUUAAACAUAGAAAAUACGGAACAACAAAUAUACAGAAAAUUUAAAGAAAAAGUUAAAGUUGUCCAAUUAGCUGAAGGAUUUUUAAAGCAGCUACUACUCAAAAUAAAAAAUAAAAUUAAAAAUUAAAAAAAAAGCAUAAAAUGGCUUGCAGUCUCAAAUUGCAAAACUGUAUGAGAAUAUCUUAUUAAACUUUGGACUCAAUAAUUCAAAGCAAUGACUAUUCAGAAGUUUAAAAGAAGACAUAAAACUAACUUGCACACUAUAGGGGAAUAUAUUUCGGGAUUAAUGUGGCGUCGUUUGAUUAGUCCCUCGGUAGACCAAACUUUAGACCUAAUAAAUUGUAAUUAGGUUACUAAUCUAUAUCUACAUAUAUAUUUUAAAGGAAUAAAGUACCAUAUAAUUGGCAUUGUGGUUAAGUCACGUAACAAGCUAAUAAAUAUCAAUAUUAUAUUGUAACUUCAUUCUAUUUUACUAUGUUAGUUAAAUAUAAAUACAAAUAUAUAUAUAUAUAUAAAUGUGGAGCACAAAUGCAUAAAAGAUUUUGCUUUUUCUUUUCCUCCCUCGCUUACUGUUACUUCUAAUUACAACUAAAUUUCUAGUUAAUGCACCUAUAAAAACCCGACCCGACAAUCCCGGUACUGUUGGAUCACCGUUCAGAAAAAUUGUUUAUAAAAAAAAAAAGGUAAAGUAAUAUUUAAUUUUGUAGAUAAAUUAAGAGCCGUUCCUAUAAUAGGGGAGGUUUUAGUUGGUUUUGUGGAGAGUUUAUCCCUAAUCAAACUCUAAAUUCUAUAACAGAAUGUCCAACUAUUACGUUUGAACGUUUGAAUAUUGAAUACUAACUAGUAACUCCAAUGACAAAAAAGUCACAGUGGCUCUCUGCUCCUAGCAUGCACAGUUCUGAUUUCUCCUUUACAGUUUACAAGAAGAAUAUUGAUCAAGAUUUUCUGGUUGAUUAAUUUGGAGAGAUCUUGAUCCCAACAUCUUAGCUUGAAAGGCCCUAAGAUGUGAUGUCUUUUGAUGGAUUGGAAAGAGCAAAAUUAUGAUAAAAUGGCCACAAGGAAAAACAUUGCAUCUCCAUCCAGGAAAUCAAUGCCUGCUUCAUCAUCAGAUGUUCAGCUCCACAUAUGUGGAGUACCAUUUUCCUUGAAUAGGGAAGUUUUGACUGCAAAAUCUGCAAAGCUAGCUGCAGUGCUGAAAGAGAAUCCUGAAGAUGAUGUUUCUCAUUUGCUAGGAGACAUUCCCACUGAUUCCGAAACUUUUGAGCUAGUCGCAAGGUUCUGCCACGGUUUUAACAUAAGCCUAUCACCUGAGAAUGUUAUUAAAGUCCUUUGCCUUGCUAACUAUCUUGGAAUGUCCGAAGAUCACAGCACCAACAACCUCAUAAAGAAGGCUUGUUUCUACUUUCAAAAUAAUGUCCUUCCUAGCUGGAACAAGUGUAUUAAAGCCCUCAAAUCUGCUGAAACCAUUCUUCAACAAGCUGCAGAUCUUGCCCUUGUUGAUGCCUGUGCAGAAUCGAUCAUCACCAAAGUAGUGCAUGAUCCAAGUCUUCUUGGGGAACCGAUUAGGAACGUAACAACAACAGAUGAUGACAGUGAGAACGACGAAAGUACCUAUAAGCCAAAUGUGAGGAGGAGGCUCUUUGUUCUUGACUGGAAAUCUGAGGACUUGACUGUACUUUCCAUUGCUCUCUACGAGCCCAUUAUUCGUGCAUUGGUUCAUCAAAAUGUCCCUUUGGAAUAUGUGUCAUCAUCUCUGUUUCAGUAUCUCAUAAACUGGGUUUUUCCGGGCACUAAAGGAGAAGAUGAGACAUCAGUUUAUGAGAGGAAUUCUCAGAGAGAGAUCAUUGAAGCAGUGGAGAGACUGUUGCCACAAGAGAGGGGGCUGAUCCCUUGUUCUUUGCUCUCUCAAAUGUUGCAAUCUGCAAUAACGUUGGAUGCUAAUACUGAAUGUAAAAGCGGAUUGGAAACUAGAAUAGGAAAGCAGCUGGACCAGGCAACUGUGAAGGACCUCUUAAUACCUGCACAAGGAUAUGCAAAAGAAGAGCAGUAUGACACUGAAUGUGUGAAAAGGAUAAUGAAGUAUUUCUACAGCAAUUACGAAAACACAGACAAAUCUGGCCUGAUCGUCGUGGCACAACUUAUUGAUGACUUCUUGGCUGAGGUUGCAAGUGACAGAGAUUUGAAGUUGAAGACAUUUUUAACACUAGCAGAUUUAUCACUAGCAGCAUCAGAAGGAACUCAUAGGAAUUCUGAUGGAAUAUAUAAAGCAAUUGAUAUAUACUUGGACAAGCACAGAUAUCUCACGGAUAGAGAAAGGGAAGAAGUUUGCAGGAUGUUGGAUUGCAACAACCUCUCUCCUGAAGCCUGUGAGCAUGCUGCACACAACGAAAAGCUACCAGUACGAGUGAUGGUGCAGAUUUUGUUUUCUGUGCAGUUGAAGUUGAAGGAUACUGUGGCUAAGAGAAUACAGAGGGGUUCUGGAAACCUAUUGUUGAAGCUGGAAGAAGACGAGGAAGAUGCAACGAGGACAAGCAGCAGUGAAGAGGAAGUGAAAGCGGAGAUGGAAAAGAUGGGAAGCAAGGUGCAGGAACUGGAGAAAGAAUGUCAUAUGAUGAGAAGGGCAAUUCAGAUAGGCAGCUACCAACACAAGAUUCAAAAGGAGAAAACAAGCAUGUGGAAAGAAAUGAAGAGGAAGUUUGGUUGCAUGACAAGCUUGCACGAGACAAAUUGCCAUGUGAAGAAGAAAAAAGUGCAUCCAAGAUAGAAGAUAUCUUCUUUUUUAUCCAAGAUAGAAGUUCAUGGUUUCAUCUUUACAUUUUUAUGCCCGAGUGAUAAGGACUUACUGAAUAAUUAAAGAUUAAAUUUGUAUUCUCUUUGGAAAUUAAGAGUAUAAGCAUGUUGAUUAUUUU